AUGUACCGACCUGACCAACGUCGGUCAUGUUGCCCUCAUUAUACUGUCCGUCUCGAUUCUACCCAGUUCAAACCGUCUAGAGAUCAGCGGCAGACUAUCAACAGAUUCAACAAAUUUGUCUUGGGAGGUUUGUAUACGAAGGAGGCUUCCCGACUGUACCCCAGGUCGCGCGACGAGGCCAAGAAGCGCGACAACCACUUCGACCUUGUUGAGAGAAUCCAUGAAGCUGAGGAUGUUAACGUACAAAAACCCCCUGAGGCUGCGCAUAAACUGGUUGUGACCUUGGAACACGAUGACUUUACGGAAGAGAAGUUUGCCAUUUACGAAAACUAUCAGCGAGUGGUACACAAGGAUUCCCCGAGUGAAAUAAGCAAGAGUGGAUUUAAGCGCUUUCUCUGUAGCUCGCCCUUGAGGAGAGAGACGAUGGUAGCACCAGAUGGUCGCGAACGUCGCCUAGGGUCUUACCAUCAGUGCUAUAGAUUGGAUGGUAAACUGGUCGCUAUUGGUGUUCUCGACCUUUUGCCAGAGUGCGUAAGCUCUGUCUACUUUCUCUACCACGAAAGCAUACACCAGCAUGCACCGGGUAAACUUGGUGCGCUGUACGAGAUUACCUUGGCUAUCGAAGAGGGCUACGGUUGGUGGUAUCCUGGCUUCUAUAUACACAGCUGCCCCAAGAUGCGGUACAAGAUCGACUACUUGCCACAGUUCGUUCUUGAUCCCGAGUCAUUGACUUGGGAUCCAUUGGACCGAGGCAUGCUGGAUCUUCUCGACAAGAAGCCGUUUGUGAGCCUCUCGCUAGAGAAGAAACAGGCUAUUGAAAGUGACGGCGAGAAGCCUUCGGUGCUCAGCGAGGAGAUAAAGACGAGUGACAGCACCGAGACCAAAGGAUCCGACUCUUCGGGUUCUGGUGAGGAAGAGGAUAGCGACUGGCUGUUUACCUCUGGGAUGCCUGGUAUUCCUCCGAUCGCUUCAGCGGCGACUUGGGAUAUGGAUCACAUUGCCUUGAAGAUCGCUCCAGGAGGUCCGCUAUAUGAAACCUCUGACCUUGUCAGCUGGGACGAACGUGGUGUUAAGGAGCACCCGGGACUGAAGGCUACAGUGGCUGAGCUCGUCGCUGCAACUGGACCAGACUUGAUGGACCGAAUUUGCAUAGACUUUGCUCCACGACGAUAA